AUGUCGUGUCCGUUCCGGCGCAUGUCCAGCCAGGGCCCGACAGCGGCAUCCGGAAAAGCGGCUCCCCUGCAGCGCCAGAGUUCCGUGCAGCCGAGCAGUGCUAUCGACAACGAGGUCGCUGUGCCGGAGGACACCCUUAAUCUGAAGCAUUUGAGCGACGCGAUUCAAUUGCUCACGUCGCCAGCGAAUGAAAAACUGCAAGAAGCCGUUGAAUCAUUGUUGCUAAAAAAUAACAAUUUUACAAGAUUUCUCGACAAGUUACCAAAAGAUGUGGAUAAUAAUCCAAAUUAUGAUUAUUUGGAAGAUGUUCGCAUAGCUGUUUCCAGUGAAGAAGGCAUAGAAGGGGACCAAUUUAUAUACAUGAUAGGAGAAGAAAUUAUAACAAUAGCAUGCAGAAAUAGAGUAACCGAACGCGCCCUGAAAGCUCUCGGGCCUGAUCUUCGGGGAUUUUUGGCAACAUUAGACGGUGUGCAUGACGUCUUGCAACUUCAGCAGACGCAGUCUGACCAGACAGAUGCGGGUUUUGUUUGUGCAGGUCCUGGUGAACUGCUAUUUACCACAGAUCGACCUACCGUGGCUUCUUUACUGGUGGGGUGUCUUCGCGCUGUUGCCUAUUUACUUUACAACACGAAAGUGGAAGUACAGAUGCAUCCAACUUCUGAAGAUCCUAGAACGUUCAGUGUGCAGAAAAAACUUAUCAUCGAUGAUAUUUGUCCUGAAAGUGUCCAUAUGAGAAAGCUGUCUACAAAUGCUAAUGAUCUGCAGAUUGGAGUCGCAAGUUUCUGCAAAGCGUUUCCCUGGCAUUUCAUUAUGGAUAGAAAAUUGGAACUGGUACAACUGGGUGCUGGUUUUGCGAGAGUUUUUGGAGCAGAUGUCAUUCGAGCUGGUCGAAGAGCCGAAAAUUAUUUUCGUUUUGUUCGACCUUGCGGACUAGCGAUGAAUUUUCAGGAAAUUAAAAAACGGACCAAUACGCCAUUUGUAGUUGCCUUGGAACCACCACCCGGGCGUGGACAAUUUCCUGUUAUGGGAUUAGAGCUGAAAGGCCAGAUGGUGUUUUGUCCAGAAAGUGAUUGCUUGAUGUUUGCUGGUUCACCAUUCUUGAACGGAUUAGAAGGUUUAACAGGUCGCGGUUUGUUUUUAUCAGAUAUUCCACUUCAUGACGCUACAAGAGAUGUUAUAUUAGUAGGAGAACAAGCUCGAGCUCAGGAUGGUCUCAGAAGACGUAUGGACAAAUUGAAAAACUCAAUAGAAGAAGCAAAUUUAGCAGUAGACAAAGAACGAGAGAAAAAUGUGUGCUUAUUACAUUUAAUCUUUCCUCCUGAUAUAGCAAAAAAACUUUGGCUCGGUGAAGCGAUUGAAGCAAAAACGCACGACAACGUUUCAAUGUUGUUCAGCGAUAUAGUUGGCUUUACGUCGAUUUGCUCCACGGCGACCCCGAUGAUGGUUAUUGCUAUGUUGCAGAGCCUUUACAACCAGUUUGAUAUAAUUUGUGGAAAUUUGGAUGUUUAUAAGCAUCAACAAUUCGGCAUGUUUGAUGCGCAGAUGAGCCCUCAGAGUGUCUAUCCGGCUGUAACUAGCCGGACAGUAGGGGCACGGCGACCUCUGCGCCGUGUGACUGUGGUAAUGGUGCCAGCGGUUGGAGACCUCCUUGCCGCAACUGCGGCACUUCCACAAUGCCGAAAGCUCCCGAGUCGGAAGAAACAUGCUGUGAUAAGACAUUGGGAUGCCUACACCGAAACAGCUGCCUGA